AUGGCAUCCAAGUUCGUGGUUAAUGCAGCAUUUGAGGCUCGUCGGCCACCUCGACGGCGCGAUAUUUUACCUCGGACCGUCCUCAAACUUGAAUACCCUACGUUGCAGACUCUCAACUCCAGAUCAUACUCAGACUCGACCUCUACCCCCUCUCCAAAAUCUGCUGGAUCUCCUGAGGGCUCUCAAUCUUCUGGACCCGAGCAUAGGCGGAAGAACUGGUUCUCCCCUACUGCUUGGGGCAAUGUCUGGAGCAAAGUCUGGACAGGUGUUUUGGCUGGCGGCUUGGCUACCGUUGGUCUUGUAUGUAAAGGCGCCCUUGCAUAUGUUAAGACAUACUGA